CCUACCCUGUUGUAUGGAAAGCAUAUAAAUACAUUCCAUUCCACGCUCUUCUUCACUUUGACGUGUGACUGAUUCUAAUCUUUUAUCUCCACUGAAAAGAAGAAUAGUCUUAGAAGUUUGAAGGUGGUCAGUUUGUAACGUGGACUAAAUCGGAGUGUGUGGCUGAGGUUCUGUGGCCUGCAAUGGGCAGGAGGUCAGAUGAGAUGAUCAUGAUGGGCCCUUCUGGCCUUCAGGUCUAUGAGAUCUGCUGCUGAGACUCCUGGAGAGGUGACACAAAUUGUCUGAUGAAUUCUGACGAGUAUUCUGUGAUGGAUAACAAGGACUUGGAAGCAGAGAUCCACCCUCUGAAGAAUGAGGAUGGGAAAGCUCCAGAUAACCAUGAGAACUGUGCAGAGAAAGAAGGUCUCUGCAGGAAGCCCACCCGCUUGUCUCAGCUCUCCCGAUGGCGCACAGCUGCCUUCUUCCUCUCAUUAUUCCUUUGCCUGAUUGUGGUGUUUGCCUUUUCGUUCAUCAUCCCGUGUCCAGUGAGGCCUGUUUCACAAAGGACAUGGAACAGGAAAUAUGACCGUGCGGUGACCUACGACUUUCUGGCUGUAGAAGAUGUGAACGAAGACAAAGUGCAAGAUGUUAUCUUCGUUUUCAAAGAUACCAAUGGCAGCAGCAGUUUUAACAGAUCCUGCUCAGAUGAAGGCCUUUCCGCUCCAUGUGUCUUUGUUACUGCUGUCUCGGGCACCAACGGCAGCACACUCUGGGAGAGGCCUGUCACCGAAGACCUGCUGUGGAUGGAGUGCGCCAUUGAGCAGCUGGGUGGGGCUCAGUCACCGGGCUGUCUUGUCAUUGGGAACCCAGAGUUACUAACUGCAAUCAGCCCUCGCACAGGGGAAGUUCGAUGGAGGCAGUUUAACAGUUUUGGAGCUAAUUAUACCGUGGUGACUCCCUUGUUAAAGAUACCAGAUGUGGAUGGGGACGGUGUUCAGGACGUGAUGAUCUUUACCACUGCAGGAGAUGAGACUCAAAGUUUCAUCUAUUCGGGGAAGAAGGGCGAGCAGAUCGGAACCAGUGGCAGACUGAGUCUGGGUGCAAGGCCUGGUUAUCUCAUGCAUGUGACUAAGACUGGUUCCUACUAUGUUGUCUUCAAUACUGUAAAUUCUCUUUAUGGCUACUCCUUGAAGGAUCUCUACAGCAUGGCAACGGGGGUGGAAGGUAAACUCACCAGCCUCAAGCAAGAUCCUCAGUGGGAGAAGAAGAUCGAGAGCCCCACACAUCACAUACCUCUUCUCAGCUCUGGAGACAUUCGUUACCUGGUGAAGGUUCCCGAGAGAUCAGGGGAGAAUAUCUUGGUUGUGAAGUCAGACAUGGCUGAGCUUCUCAAUGGACAAACUCUUGACUCCCUGUGGACUGUCAACACCUCCCACAUCUUGCGCGAGCCAGUGUUUGGUUACUACACACCUGAUGUUCUCCACAUAGUCCUUGAAAGUGGAGUUGGACCCAACAGGAAGAAGAUAAUGAUUGUUGAGAGUGGCUCUGGAGCAGUCCACUGGGAGCUUGAGCUGAAUUCAAGAGCAGGGAGUCCAAGGCCUGCCACGCUCAAUACUGCAGAUCACCGGUCCAUGUUCCUUUUCUGGGGAGAGUACCAGGCAGAGGCCAAUGAAACGGGCUCCAAAGCGGCUCGCCAGAAUCUGUAUCUGUUCCAUCCGUCCUACCCCAACGUUCUCUUGGAGCUGAACAAUAGCUCAGACCGAAUAGUCUCCUUCGAUGCGGUUCUAUUUGAGCGGAGCCGGCAUGCCUGCUGCGUGUUGUUGACCGGGCCACAGAGCAGCGAGGGGCCAGGCUGGGUGUCUGUCGCCAAGCGGAAGCUGAAAGAGGACAUCACUGGCAGUAGGGUGAUCUGGCUGAGCCAGGUGGCAGGGGACAGUGAGCAGUACAUCAGGGACCGCUUCUUCAGGAUGCGAUUCAGCAGCCAAAUGUGAGCUCCCUGGGAGACCCUGGAGAGCCAUCUCAGCACUCUCCUCCAGCAAUGGACUCAUUAAACCCAAAUCACGGACUCAUGUGGGAAGCUGACGUUCUUGAUCCACAAGCCAAAGGUUGGCUGCUGAGAAAACAGCCACAGCAAAUCCACCUGUGAGCCUGGAGGGCUUGGGCAUCCCAAAUCCUGCACAAGUGGCUCCCAGCCCAGCCAGCCUCUGAGCUGAUGGGACUUCAGUCCCUGGCUGUCCCUGAAGUGCCAUCACUUCCAGGAGAUCUGCCUCUUUCCCUCUCUAAAUCACGCGAUAUUUGCUGUGCUCCAGGGCGUACCUCAGCCGGGGCUGCUUUCCCAACAUGCCCCAAACUAGGACCUAGGGAGGGCAUGUCUGGGUGCUGGAGGGAAGCCUCAGUUGAUUACUCUAACCUAGGGUGUUUGCAGUGAGGGAGGGCGUGUGCAUCUAGGUGAGAGCAAGAUGAGGAGGGAGUGUACGUGCGCACUCCCGUGUGUGUGUGUGUGUGCGCGUGCGCUGUUGGAUAUUCUUUCCCGUUUGUCCGUAUAGACAGAUGGGCUCUCUCCUGAGUAAGAAUUUUUGCCUUUUCCAAAGGGUGGCGUGGACACAGCGUGCUCGGUGUCUCACUGGAAUACCUGAGUGCUGCUCACCAGGGAUAAUGCAGUGAGAUGGGUACUGAGUGAGCCCAGUAGGUAUAUUAGAUAUGGCAGAUAUUCUCUGGCCCGGGAGAGCCACAGACUAAAAUGCAGUUCUCCUCUGAAAAAAGUCUUUGUAUAAACAGCAGCUUCUUGUUUUCCAAGCCUUCUGCUCCUGCUGCGUACCGAGGUGCAGAGCUGCUGCCUACUGCUGACUGAAAGACGCAUGGGCUGCUUUUUCCCCAUUGGCCCUGCCGCAGCUGUGCGAGAGGGCACCUGACUCAGCUCUGGUUCACUCAUCAGGAACAGAAUUGCUAACGAAGUUCCACUUGUAGAUGAUGCAAGAGCCAGAACAAGCCCCUGCCUGGCUACCCAGUCCCCAUGGUGCUAGCUUGUGCUCUCCACUCGAUCUUCCCAACUGACGAGCAUACAUGGGACCCACGGGGCUGUUUGCAGGCGUUCUUCAGAGUGGAGCUGCCCGUGCUCCUUGCCAGGAGGCUGGCCAGCUGUUCCCAGGGUGCUGCUCGUCAGACAUGAAUUCAGCCUCGCAACUCCUAUGAGGAGAGUCCUCCAAGCACUGCUACCUCACUGAGUGAGAGGGACACGGAGACAGGCUGUGCAGUGUCAGGCUGUGCAGUGUGUGGGAAAGAGCUGCCAGUAGAACUCUGCAAAGCCCUGCCUCCUAAACCCCUGCUCUAAUGGCUGGGUAAUGCUGCCCCUCUCAGUGCUAGCAGCCAUGUGGAGGGUAGGACACUUGGGUGCUGUUGUUUGUGGGUGCUGCCACUGCAGUGUGGUCAUGUGCAUUUGCUGUCGCUCUGUACUGAGGUAGCAGUGGGAGGGGAAGAAGUGGUGGGGUGUCUCCUUUGGGGCCUCCCUUGGCAUGUCCUGGGGCCAGGCAGCGCACAGGGGCAGCUCAGUGUGAGGGGCUGUGCCCUGUCGCUGCUCUGGUCGUCACAGCUCCUUGGAGCUCUGUGUUGCAGGCUUGUGGGGUGACUGCUAAUCUGGGGUCCUGUUCUUUGGGAGCAGUGCAAACCUGUGAAUUCUGCCUGUGUCCAGUGGAGCAGGGGCUGGGUGCUCUGGGGGAAUGCUCGGAGGGCUGGCGUGUCAGAGUGGGCAUGGCGCUCGCCUGUGGAGAGAGCAGGACCUGCGAGGCCUCGGGAGGAGUGUGUGGCGCCUGUGGAGUUGGAGAACUGAUCCCCAGCAGGCACAGGGAAGGCUUUCUCACGCUAAGGACAGGUGACAAUCCUCCAGGCAAAAUUAACUGCAGCAUCUACUGCUGGGGUUUGCUGGUGUAGCAACCAACUGUUUGACCUUGCACUUCUGCUUCUAAGUUGGCCUUUAUGCACAACCCCCCACCCCUUUGUGAAAUUAUGCAGUUGUGGAGUGUUCUGCUCAGUGCCCUCACUGCUGGAACAGAGCUGCGUUACUGGAGCAAAUUAGUGGAGAGCCGAGCUAGCCAUCAUGGGGACCGAGUCUCCCACCAUGGCAGCUUGGUGCAGUUGCCUGCUCUGAGGAUGCCCCGGAUCGUGCAGUCAGUGGGAUGAUGCCUCAGCUCCCUGCACCUCAUGUCUGGGGAGGGCUCCCCUCAAGAUCGUUCUCCACAGGGACUACAGGCCGCAUUGUGUGUUGUGCCAUGGAUUCCCUUGGCUUCUCUCUUGAAAUUCCCCUUCUCUUUAACAUGGUCUUUUGAAUGGUCUGAGUGCUAGAAGCAGAGCUCAGUCUCGUCUUUGCUCUAGCUCAGGUUCCCGUGAUUUGCCCACCCUUCAGGGGCCUGCCGCUUGCUUGACAUGCGAACAACCUGAGCCCCAAUCACCCUGCACGUCCCUUGGUUGUGCCUUUGGACCUGGGGGAUGCCUUACCGCACAGCCGUGAUUCUGGCCUGCACCCUGCGGGUGGCACUGAGCGGCUGUCAGCGAGGAUAGCAGGUUCAGCAUGUCAGGUAACCCACCCACUGAUGGCUUGAGCUCAGAUUCGGGAAGCUUGGCUAUGCUGGUUGCACUGUGCCUUGGGCAAAUGGUAACCCUGCAGCUUGAAUGCCUGUUGAACUAAUAGUUCUCAUCUACAGAUUGUAUCUCGCUGAACCUCCUCGAAAGGAACAAGUCUGCAGGGGACGUGGUCUGUGCAUCAGGAUUGCAUUGUGCAUUAAUGAUUCUUGCUAUUUCAGUUUUUCCUCUUCCUUCCUGACCCCCUAUGCAGACACAACCCUUCCAGGUAGGCACUCUGAACGUUACCUCUGGAGAGCUGGAGUCUCAGCUUUGGGAGACUUUUCUCGCUUUAAGUUCCUCUGUUAAUAUGUUCCCUGGUAACAUGGAAAUCCAGGUUCUCCUGUUAGCAAUGUCAGUGCCCAGCUAAAACCCUCAUAAUGAUGCAAGAGUUUCUUUCCAGCUGCUUUCCCCGUAUCAUUGUUUUUGCAGUAUUGAGUGAAUGGUUUAAUUGUGCCUUGAUUCAGUAACUCCUCUGGGCACUACUAGCAGAAAUCACUGCUUCUGUGAACAGUGUAGUUUCUAGCACUAGGAUUAGCGGUUUUGUUCUGUAAUUUAUUGCAAAUGUUGCUGUACUGGGCGUGGUCUAACUGUGAUGAUUCAAUAAACCCUCUUUUGCAUUGUUUGUAAAC